AUGGUUUUAACACGUGAACAGACAGAGGAAGUAAAAAAUUUAGUUGACGUAGUGUUGAAACAAUUGUGGAAAGAUGAUACAUACGUAAAAAACAUCACGGCAAACGUAUCGCAAAGCAUAAGCGAAGCAAUAAAUAAAAAACUGGACAAUUAUGAAAAACAAUUAACAGCUGUUAUUGAAGAAAAUAAACAAAUAAAGAAUAAUAUUAUGGAAUUGAAAGAUGGUCAUAGUACGGAAAUAAAUAAUUUACAUACGUUAAUGAAGGAAAACUAUAUUUCAAUUGAAAAAUUCGAUAGAAUGGAGCAAGAAUAUAAGAAAACCAAUCUACGGAUCUUUAAUAUCCCAGAAACUCCACAAGAAAACACUAAACAAGAAGUACUUAAAAUAUUAAACAAUAAACUAAACAUCCAAAUAAAAGAUGAAAACAUAGAAAGCUGCCUUAGGAUAGGCAAACUUAACAACGCAAAAAACAGAGGCGUAUUUAUAAAAUUAAGUAGCCUCUACAUAAGGCAAGAAAUAUUUAAAAACAAGAAAUAUCUUAAAGGAUCUGGAAUUUGCUUAAAAAUAAUGGAAGGAUUGGAACUGAUCAACCGUUUUGUUGACGUCAGCAGUUCAUCGUCUGAUGAAGAGCAACGGCCGAGAGUUGUAAAAGAACGAAAUAAUUUAUUUGACGAGUUAGACGAUUAUGAAUUUAGACGACAAUUUCGAAUGGGCAAGGACAGCGUGUCGAGACUUUCGCACCUUUGA